AUGCCCACCGUCGAGGGCCCCUCGGGGGAGCGCACGCCGAACACGGUGGCCUCCGCCCCGAGUGACGUGGCGGCGCUGAGCGGCGUCCCCCAGGCGCCCACUCCGAUGAAGCCGAACCUGGACGUCUUCUCCCGCGAGCGGUCGUCGUACGUGCCGGCCACGCCGCACAAGCCUCCGUCUCCGCCGCUGGAGCCGCCGGUCAACAUCGCAUCGAUGCCUCGCGCAAUGUCCGAGCUCAAACUGCAGGUGGGAAGACUGAUGAUCGUUGGCUCCGAGCAAUGCUUGCCCAGUCGCCAGGAGAGCUUGCCCGGACCCCCAAUAAAAGAAAGGCAACGUACACGCCUACUAGCAUUUCUCGUUAGCGUAUGCCUGAACUGGCUCGUACAGCCAGGUUGCAGUGAUGGAUGUGUGUUGCGCUCGUGCAGGAAUGCCGUGCUCGUGUUUCUGGUCGGCGGCACGCUUCCCUCUUGGCGGGCAGGGGGCGCCCUCGCUCGCUUGCUGCCCAAGGACGCUGACGCCGAGAAAAGCAUUGAAGAACUGAUUGAGGCCCGGGGCUACCCCGUCGAGUCCCACCAGGUGGUGACCCACGACGGCUACGUACUCGGCCUGUACAGGAUACCACGCGGCAGAGUGGAUAUCGAAGAGGCUACAAAGACCAGUACAGGCUCGACCACACCUGGCUGCGAUGGCGCCAGCAAAGCCCCCAUGCUGCUCAUGCACGGGCUAUUCGGCUCGGCGAUCACGUGGGUGGCCAACUACGCAGACCAGAGCCUCGACAGUGAGUAUCUUGAUGGUCACGUGACUGCAGGGUACAUACUGGCCGACGCCGGCUACGACGUCUGGCUCGCCAACCUUCGCGGAAGCACGCUUUCCCGCAAGCACAUCAACAUCGACCCCGACAGAGACGCCAGCUUCUGGAACUUCUCAAAAAGAAAAUUCGAAUCAUCUUUCGGUUCGCGACUCCCUUCACGAGAAACCCCAGCUGCCCUUUCUUUCACACCUAUUCUUCCUGCUUUGGAAUUUGCAUUACGUUCCCAAUCUUUUCCCGCGUGGUUGAACCCGUGCGCGCUUGCACUCAGGUUCCAGCAGAUGAUCGAAUACGACGUUCCCGCCACGAUCGACUACAUCCUCCGGGAGACCGGGAAAUCCAGGCUCGGCUACGUCGGCCACUCCCAGGGGACGCUCGUCAUGUUCGGGCUACUGUCGGCGGCGCCCGCCUACAACGACAAGGUCACGCCACCCGACGAUUGUCCGCCUAGCCUAACAAUGAACCAGAUCGUCCUUGUGGGUGUUGGAAGUACCACAAAGGGGACGCUCUUGCUCCAAACUGGUUUGACGCGACAUAACACUAUCCCGCAGGUGGCCCUUUUCGUGGCGCUGGCUCCGGUGCGGAGCACGGUGCUUAAAAUGGGCGAGAUAGGCGAGUACGGACCCGUGUGGAAGCAGAUCGCGGACAGACUCUGCCGCGCGGAGGAGUCAGUGUCUUUCUGCGAGACUAUGUGGAACAUCCUCUUCGGACCGUCCGUCAUGGUCAAUAAGCUCGUCAAGACCGGUCGUUUCUGCAAGUACGACUACGGCGCAGCGAAGAACAAGCGACUUUAUGGUCAGACCGUGCCCCCUUGCUAUCCCUUGGAGAACAUCCGCACUCCCGUCGCCAUAUUCUGGGGACACGGGGACACGCUCUCCAGGCCGCAGGACAUCGACCUGAUACGUUCCCGCGUCUCCAGCGUCGUUGUCGACGAGCGUGUCGGGUCGGGCCCGUUCAACCACAACGACUUCAUCUACGGCGUCAAUGCCAAGCGCGUCCUCCACGACAGGAUCGUCCAAUUGCUUCGACAGUUCUACAGCUUGUGCCGAUCGCAAUCUUCAGAGUAGACAUCUGCGCCACUCCGCGACGAUGCCGAAUCCCGAUGCCGGAUCGCAAACGGGGUCGCAUUGAGAAGUCGGCGAAGAGAGAAAUAUACCAAGUUCACGUAUAGAUCGGCAGGCUAACUUUCACAAUUCCAAGUAGUUCACCGUGUCGAGGCUGGGCAAACCGCAUAACGCCCAAAGUGAACAGAGGUUUGGGCCCCGUAUUUUCCAAAAUUCUUUAUCGUGACUGCUACGAUUGGCCAUAGAGCAGUGAUCAUCUCGUCGAGCCAGUCACUGUCAACAGUGGCGGCCACUCAAACACCGGCCCAUAAGAAAGUGAUGUCACGCAUUGGAAUUUUGGGAAUACAGGUCCGUUAGAUCCUGUAAGAUUAUGCACACAGCUUUGAAAUGCUAAAAAAAGUGGACUGAAUUGAAUAGAAAGUUAGCCCAGAGUCCAUGGGAUCCCAGAAAGCCUUUGGGAUAACAGGAUGGAGGCAAGAAAACGCAAGACGGGUAGCAGCGCCACUUCUGCUCAUCAGCAUCAGCUGCCUGUGACGACGUGGAGUUUAUUGACAGCGCCUGCUCGGCGCUACCCGAUUUUUGUCAAUAAAGAAAGGCUACACUGUGCGCGAAAGACUAAACAUCGUAGUUUUCGGGAACAUCACCACAUAUAAAAUAUCGCAAAAUAUGGGUACGCACA